AUGCUCGCCGCCAGAGCGUCGGCCGUGCGAAGUGCGUCGCGUCUUGCACGAAAUUUUGCGAGUGUUGUCGACACCGCUGGCGUAAAGGUCGCGGCGGUAGACAACGGCGAGCCGACAUCCGCUGUCACUUUUCUCAUUAAGGCGGGCAGCAGGUUCGAGACCAAGCCUGGUGUCGCUCAUGCUUUGAAGGGUUUUGCUUUCAAAAGUACGGGCCAGCGUUCCGCGUUAGGGACUAUCCGUGAAGCUGAGCUCUAUGGUGGUGUCUUGUCAACAAGUCUGACAAGGGAGCACCUGGCAGUCACUGCCGAGUUCCUGAGGGGGGAUGAGCCGUUCUUCGUGAACGUGCUCUCCUCCUUCGUGACCUCCGCCAAGUUCACCCGCCACGAAUUCAGCGAGUACGUCGCGCCCGUGUGCCAGGCAGAAUCCACCGCCCUGCUCUCAGACCCUGCGACGCACGCACUCGAGCUCGCGCACGCGCUCGCGUUCCGCAACGGCCUUGGCUCGUCCGUGUUCUCCUCCGCCAACAGUCACCUCACCAUCGACGACGUCAAGGCGUACGCCGCGUCCGUCUUCGGUGCCGGCAACAUCGCUGUUCUCGGCACCGGCAUUAAUCCGGCGACCCUGCAAGGUCUCGUCGAACAGUCCCUCGGCUCUCUAUCCGCUGCCGCCACGCCUGCGUCGUCUCCGAGCAAGUACUUCGGUGGCGAGACGCGCAUUGACGGCCAUGGCGCGCCCGAAACCGUGUUUGUCGGCUUUGGUACCACUGGUGCGUCUGCGCCCGAGCUGGCGGUGCUCGCGGCGCACCUUGACCCAACCCCCGCUAUCAAAUGGUCACAAGGCCUUUCGCCCAUCGCUGCUGGCACGCCCGUGGGGACGUCGGUGAAGAGUGUGCUACUCCCGUACUCUGAUGCGACCUUGUUCGGUUUGCUCAUUCAGGGCGAGACGACGGAGGGCGUGAAGGCUGCUGGACAGGCAGCCGUUACUGCGCUGAAGGCCGCGGGCAGCCUUAAGGGCGAGGAUUUGAAGAAGGCUGUUAGCAAGGCGAAGUUUGAGGCAGCGAGUGCGUUCGACAAGCGUGAUGGUCUCAUUUCUGCCCUCGGCUCGACGGCUUUCUCUGGCUCGCCGGUAACGCUCGACGGCGCGUUGUCGGGUCUGGACAAGGUUGACGCGUCGGCAGUUUCGAAGAUCACAUCUUCGUUGCUCAAGAGCAAACCGACGUAUGUUGCGAUUGGGAACACUGCGUCUCUGCCUUACGCGGACGAGCUUGGGCUAUGA